CGCGGUCCGCAUCCGCCAGACGCCGGAAGUGCCUCUCCGCCCCUGCUACUGGGCCAUGGAGACUGUGGCAAAGUAGGGUCAGUAGUGUGAGGAUUGCGGGGCCGGUGGCUAUGGAGGCCGUGCUGGACGAGCUGGUGUCUGUGGAUGACCUGCUGAAAUUUGAAAAGAAAUUUCAGUCUGAGAAAGCUGCAGGCUCGGUGUCUAAGAGCACGCAGUUUGAGUACGCCUGGUGCCUGGUGCGGAGCAAGUACAAUGACGACAUUCGUAAAGGCAUCACACUGCUCGAGGAGCUGCUACCCAAAGGGAGCAAAGACGAGCAACGGGAUUAUGUCUUCUACCUGGCUGUGGGGAACUACCGGCUGAAGGAAUAUGAAAAGGCCCUAAAGUAUGUGCGAGGGCUGCUGCAGACAGAGCCCCAGAACAACCAGGCCAAGGAACUGGAACGACUCAUCGACAAGGCUAUGAAGAAAGAUGGACUGGUGGGCAUGGCCAUUGUUGGAGGCAUGGCCCUGGGUGUGGCAGGACUGGCUGGACUCAUUGGACUUGCUGUGUCCAAGUCCAAAUCCUGAAGGAGAGUGCACUUCUUCCUCUGCCUAAGGAGACGUGGGAGCCCUUGGAAGACACUGGAAGGGGGCCAUCCAUCCUCACUGUCCCUUCCCUGUUCUUCCCUGGCACCCCUGUCACUGGUCUCUAUGGUCUUCAUCCUCCACCCCCCUGAGACCUGUCCUUUAGCCCCAGAUCAUGUGCUUUGGGAUGAGUGUAACUAAAAUUGGUCUGCAGCUUGGGAA